AUGUCUUUUAAUCUAGUUAUAUAUAUAUAUAUAGUCUGCCACUUUUUUCCCCUUCCUUUUUCUUUCCUCUUCUUUUAUAUUCUUUCUUUUCCCCUUCCUUUUUCUUUCCUCUUCUUUUAUAUUCUUUCUUUUUUAAUCCUUUUCUUUCCUCUUCUUUUAUAUUCUUUCUUUUCACCAUUCUUUUCUUUCCUCUUCUUUUAUAUUCUUUCUUUUACCCUUCCUUUUUCUUUCCUCUUCUUUUAUAUUCUUUCUUUUACCCUUCCUUUUUCUUUCCUCUUCUUUUAUAUUCUUUCUUUUACCCUUCCUUUUUCUUUCCUCUUCUUUUAUAUUCUUUCUUUUACCCUUCCUUUUUCUUUCCUCUUCUUUUAUAUUCUUUCUUUUCACCAUUCUUUUCUUUCCUCUUCUUUUAUAUUCUUUCUUUUCACCCUUCCUUUUCUUUCCUCUUCUUUUAUAUUCUUUCUUUUCACCAUUCUUUUCUUUCCUCUUCUUUUAUAUUCUUUCUUUUUUCUUUUAUAUUCUUCCUUUUUUUCUUUUCUCUUCUUUUAUAUUCUUUUUUUUUACCCUUCCUUUUUUUUCUUUCCUCUUCUUUUAUAUUCUUUCCUCUUUUUUAUAUUCUCCCCUUCCUUUUUUAUAUUUCCUCUUCUUUUAUAUUCUUUCUUUUUACCCUUCUUCCUUUUUCUUUUUUCUUUUCUUUUUAUAUUCUUUCUUUUUUUUUUUCCCUUCCUUUUUUUUCUUUCCUCUUCUUUUAUAUUCUUUCUUUUCCCCUUCCUUUUUCUUUCCUCUUCUUUUAUAUUCUUUCUUUUCACCAUUCUUUUCUUUCCUCUUCUUUUAUAUUCUUUCUUUUACCCUUCCUUUUUCUUUCCUCUUCUUUUAUAUUCUUUCUUUUCCCCUUCCUUUUUCUUUCCUCUUCUUUUAUAUUCUUCCCUUUUCUUUCUUUUACUUCUUUUUAUAUUCUUUUUCUUUUUUUUUCCUUUCCUUUUUUCUUUUCCUCUUCUUUUAUAUUUUCUUUCUUUUACCCUUUUUUUUUUCUUCCUCUUCUUUUAUAUUCUUUCUUUUUUACCCUUCCUUUUUUUUUUCCUUUUCUUUUUCUUUUAUAUUCUUUCUUUUUUCCUUUUUUUUUUCUUUCUUCUCUUUUUUAUAUUUUCUUUCUUUUCUUUCUUUUAUUCCUUUUCUUCCUUUUUCUUUCCUCUUCUUUUAUAUUCUUUCUUUUACCCUUCCUUUUUCUUUCCUCUUCUUUUAUAUUCUUUCUUUUACCCUUCCUUUUUUUUUCCUCUUUUCUUUUUUUUAUUCUUUCUUUUUUACCUUCCUUUUUCCUUUUCUUUUCUCUUCUUUUUAUAUUCUUUCUAUAUUCUUUCUUUUUAUAUUCUUCCUUUUUUUUUUUCCUCUUUUUUAUAUUCUUUUACCCUUCUUUUACCCUUCCUUUUUUCUUUUCCUCUUUCUUUUUAUAUUCUUUCUUUUACCCCUUCCUUUUUCUUUCUUUUUUAUAUUCUUUCUUUUUUCUUUCUUCUUUUCCUUUUUUCUUUCCUCUUCUUUUUUCUAUUCUUUCUUUUACCCUUCCUUUUUUUUUUCUUUUAUAUUCUCUUCUUUUUUUUAUUCUUUUCUUUUACCCUUCCUUUUUUUCUUUUCCUUCCUUUUUCUUUUAUAUUCUUUCUUUUUUCCUUUUUGCUUUCCCCUUCCUUUUUUCUUUCCUCUUCUUUUUAUAUUCUUUCUUUUUUCCUUUCCUUUUUUCCUUUCCUCUUCUUUUUAUAUUCUUUUUUUACCCUUCCUUUUUCUUUUCCUCUUCUUUUAUAUUCUUUCUUUUUUUCUCCUUUUUUUCUUUCCUCUUCUUUUAUAUUCUUUCUCUUUUCACCAUUCUUUUUUUCUUUCCCCUCUUUUUUAUAUUCUUUCUUUUCCCCUUCCUUUUUUUUUCCUCUUCUUUUAUAUUCUUUCUUUUCCCCUUCCUUUUUCUUUCCUCCUCUUUUAUAUUCUUUCUUUUUACCUUUCUUUUUCUUCUUAUAUAUUCUUUCUUUUCUCCUUUCUUUUUCUUCCUCUUCUUUUCCCCUUCCUUUUUCUUCUUUUAUAUUCUUUCUUUCUACCGUUCUUUUAUAA